AUGGUUUCAUUCAUUACCAUCUCUCAAGGUGUCAGUCUUUGCCUUCUUGUCUCUUCUAUGAUGCUUGGCUCAUCUGCUGUUCCUGUUGCUGGUCAUAAAGGUUCAGUCAAGGCAACUAAUGGCACUGACUUCCAACUCCCUCCUCUCAUCUCUAGCCGUUGUACUCCUCCUUCCCAUCCUGAAACCACGGGUGAUCCCGAUGCCGAAGCUUAUUACAUUAACAAGAACGUUCAAUGGUAUCAAGCUCACGGUGGCAACUACACUGCUCUUGUCAAGCGUGAUACUGAAACUGUCGGUGGCAUGACCUUGGACUUGCCCGAGAACCCUCCUCCUAUUCCUGCCAAGUCCACUGCUCCCAGCUCUGAUUCAGGUGAAGUUGUCACAGCCACCGCUGCUCAAAUCAAAGAGCUCACUAACUACGCUGGUGUUGCUGCUACUGCUUACUGCCGUGAUGUCGUUCCCGGUACCAAGUGGAACUGUAAGCAAUGUCUCAAGUAUGUUCCUGAUGGUAAACUUAUCAAGACCUUCACUUCUCUUCUCUCUGAUACCAAUGGCUUUGUCUUGAGAAGUGAUGCUCAAAAGACCAUCUAUGUCACUUUCCGUGGUACCAAUUCCUUCAGAAGCGCUAUUACUGACAUGGUCUUCACCUUUACUGACUAUACCCCUGUCAAGGGCGCUAAGGUUCACGCUGGUUUCCUUUCCUCCUACAAGCAAGUUGUCAGUGACUACUUCCCUGUUGUUCAAGACCAAUUGACCGCUUACCCUGGCUAUAAGGUCAUCGUCACCGGUCACUCUCUCGGUGGUGCCCAAGCCUUGCUCGCUGGUAUGGAUCUUUACCAACGUGAAAAGAGAUUGUCCCCAAAGAACUUGAGCAUCUAUACUAUUGGUUGUCCUCGUGUCGGUAACAACGCAUUCGCUUACUAUGUCGACAGCACCGGCAUUCCCUUCCACCGUACCGUUCACAAGCGUGAUAUUGUUCCUCACGUUCCUCCUCAGGCCUUUGGUUACCUUCACCCUGGUGUUGAAUCUUGGAUCAAGGAAGACCCUGCUGAUGUCCAAAUCUGUACUUCUAACAUUGAAACCAAACAAUGCAGUAACUCUAUCGUUCCUUUCACCUCUAUCCUUGAUCACUUGACCUACUUUGGUAUUAACGAAGGCAGCUGUCUCUAA